UAAGUGUCCACAGGGAGGAAGAAGAAAGCUCUGAACAGGCAAAAGUGGGGGAAAGAGUGUCUGAUUUCAACCCCUUCACUCCAGCCAUUCAGAGAACAUCAGGAUGUCAGGGGGUUGCCUCAGGCUCCUUUUCUGUGCCCUGUGCAGCAUAAGGGCCAUCCAAGCCUUCCCCAAUGCUUCCCCCCUGCUCAGCCUUGGCUGGGGGGGCCUGACUCACCUCUAUACGGCCACAGCCAGGAACAGCUACCACCUGCAGAUCCACAAAGAUGGCCACGUGGAUGGGUCUCCUCAUCAAACCAUUUAUAGUGCCUUGAUGAUCAGAUCAGAGGAUGCUGGGCUAGUCAUAAUAACUGGUGUGAUGAGCAGGAGAUAUCUCUGUAUGGACAUCAGGGGCAACAUCUUCGGAUCGCAUUUCUUCAGCCCAGACAACUGCAGGUUCAAACACCGGACAUUAGAAAAUGGGUAUGACAUCUAUCACUCUCCCCAGAACAACUUCCUGAUCAGCCUUGGCAAGGCAAAGAGGGCCUUCCUACCAGGGAUGAACCCACCUCCUUACUCCCAAUUCCUGUCUCGGAGAAAUGAAAUCCCCAUAAUACACUUCAAUACACCUGAACCCCACCGGCAUACCAGGAGUGCAGAAAACAGUCCUGACUUGGACCCAAUGAAUGUGCUGAAACCCCGACCAAGGAUAACUCCCUGCUCCCAGGAACUCCAAAGCGCUGAAGAGAACAGUGUAGUGGAUGAUGACCCUUUGGAAGUACUCAGAAAUAGCAAUAGGCUGAAGCCCUAUCCUGGCAGAAUGAGUUUGGAAAGAUGCCUCCAUGUCCCCAAGGCAGCUUAAGUGGACUACAACAAAAUUCCUUUUCAUCAUCCCUAACUCAUUUUUUUAGCAGCUAGCCUGUCUUUAAGGGGUUCAGACUCUUUAAACUUUAAAGAACAAGGGAGGGAUCAUUUUUCCCGACCCCCUUACUAUCUUAGGACCCCAUGAAAAUUAAACCUGGAAUAAUGUGCUAAGCCCUAGACUUAAUGGUAAAGUUCUACUCUCUUUUGCACCUUGACUUGACAUUCCAAUCAAGAACCAAUGUGGAUGUUCCCCCACCCCCCUUCAUCUUUAAUCAACUGUUAAAGGCUCUGCUUUCAACAGAUUUUGGCAUAUUAAUAGUAUCACUCUUGUAACUUCUUCCAGUUUAAGGUUAUGGAAGAUACAUAGGUGGUAGGAGAAUGCACUGGCUGAAAAACAAGUAAGACUUGGUCCUAUAGUGGACUUUGCCCAACCUGAAGCCAACAUUUGCUCUUCUGUGUCCAUAACCUUUAUCAUCAUGCUUCUACACUGCAACUCAGGAUGAGAUCUGUAAAAUUAAAAAUCCUUCCCUAAUUUCCCAUGUAAUCUUGAGACAUCUCCUUAUAAAAGCCCUUUAUUUGCUUAUGACAAGUUACUAUCCUGACUAGAUUCACUUAUCUUUUUCCUUGAGCCCCUUCUAAGGACUCCCAUUGGGAGAAGUUGUUUUGAAAAGCAAGCAGAAGUUGGUUAAUAUUGAAAAAUUUUAUCUAUUUAGUACCAAGAAGGUACCAGGAAACAUGCUAGAAAUAACCCUGACAGAGUGGGAUAGAUUGCUGUUCACUCCCUUAUUACAUUAUAGGCCAGGCGAGAGGGGUCACUUCCAAGCUUAGCAAAAGUCAGGCAAAGACAGAAGAUUAAGCAUUUUCCAGUCUUGAAAAUCAAAACACUCUAUGCACUUUUUGGAGGAACACUGAACCUUUGUAUUUUACUAGCCUAUUUUUUUUCCAAGCUGACCUUAAUUUAAAGUCAUUCAGUUCAGUGCAGCUUCCCUUUGCAAUAAGAAUAGAUUUGAAGUCUUCAGAAGUUUUUAACAAACUUCCUUAUCCAAGGUUGGUAAUACUAUUCUGGAUGGUCAUAAAAAUGUUAGUGUGUACAAAGGGAAGUUGUUCAAAGUUUUCGGUGGCUCAGCAAAUUUCCGAAGACCUUUCUGAAAAACCAAUUUUAAUUUUGAAGUUUUUCACGGAGAUCAGACCAGGCUGCCCAUCUCUAAUUCAAUUCAGUUCAAAAACAAAAAUUAAUUAAAUGACUCUUAUUUGUUUGGCACUGUACAAAGCAUCAGGGAUAGAAGAGCAAAAGGAAAACUCUCUCCCUUCAAAGAAUUUAAAUUGUAUCGAUUGUGGAUAAUCUGAAAUAUCAAAGAAGACAAAAGUGAAAUCCCUAUGUUUUUCUUCUUAAUGGGCUAGGAAUGUGUGCUUUCUUUCCCUCCUGCAACAUUGUCUUGAACAUUCCCCUAAAGAUGAAUCCCAAGGCAUUCUAUUAACUCCAACUUUGCUAACUGAUUUCAUACUAUAAGCAUCACUUCUGUGGCUUCCCUGAGCUUAAGAUGAAGAAUGGAAGGUGAUGAGUACACUGGCUGCGAAACAACUAAGACUUCUUUCCGUACAGACAAAACUCUAGCCCAGUCUGGGGCCCAUUUUUGCUUUUCUAUAGGAUCCUUUACCCUAUACCAUUUCAUCACUCCCCUCUUCCUUUGCAAAUCAGGAUGAGACCUAUAAAGCUAGAACCCUAUAAUUUUCCAACCCCAAAAGUAACACUGAGAAACCACUUGGUAAACAGUCUUGGGGCCCACGCUGUAUAAAAACAGUAAAUAAAGGAUUAGUGACCACUAAUUUUGACUUUCCUAAGACUGUCCUGAUUUCUGGACAUGAUGCCAAAAAAUAUAACUCAGUACAGGAAAAGAAAUUGGGAAAUUCUAGAAGUCUAAAACUUUGAGGUUUAAUGUUUGUUUAUUAGGUCUUGUUCCAGUCUACCAUUUCUGAAUUUGAAUCUUUCUACCUGAGGCCCCUCUCUCCUCUUCUAAAUCUUUCCUGAGUAGUCAAAUGAUAUAAAGAUUCAGACAGAGUCUCACUUCUUUGUUUAUUUUCCUUCCUAUCUUGUUCUGUUAGAGCUCGAUUCAUUCUAUUUUACUUCUUGGAGGAACAACAGUCCUUGGCUAUUUUUUUCCUUUUUUUUUUCCCUUAAGCUUUUUUCCCUUAUUCUGGAAUACACAACAAACUAUGCACAACACAAAACAGUAGUGUUUUUAAAAUGUAUUCAUUCUGUUAUAGAAUCACCAAUAUCCAUUCCUAUUGAGGACCUGACACCAAGAAAUAGAUGGGAAACAAAGAAAUACUUCUAGAGUUGACUAGUUUGAGUCAACAGUACUAGCAACAGCAGCAGAGAGGCCUCUCUGGCAAUCCCUUGUAAUUCUAGAAGUGUUCCUUUGGAAGUAAAAGUAUUUAUUUAUUUAUAUUUUGUCUAUCACCUGAUAUUUAUGGAUAUUUAUAAUGUAUUCCCACUUGUUUCUUUGCUUUUACUUUGUUAAGAAGAAAAAUAAACUUUUUCUUAGCCUCAGUAAA